AGGAGGUCGGUUCGUCUAUCAAGGCUAUAUAAAAAAGUUCAUUAUAGUUAUUGUACCUUAUUCCACCCUUUCUCAUCUCUUUCGUGCUGUUCACUGCGUAACCCGCCGCAAGAAAUGAAAGCUUGUCGUACGUUUUUUAUCUUAUUGACACAAGUUAGCACUCUUGUAACCCAGCAUGCCUUGCACAUAGCGGACCCCAGCCUCGUGUGCCAUAUUUGCAUAUCUAAUCUGGACUCGUUUACGGCCAAGAGCUGCAUUGGCGCUUUUCAGAGCAACUGUCAUGUAGCUCACGCUACUCUUUAGUAGAAUACUUUUAAGUGUUGUCCUUUUUUCUAUGUUUCCGGCCCACGCGUCCUUACAAGUCAUUUUGUUUUCAGAAUGGCUGAACACCUGCUUCGUUUCACUCCUUUUAAGUGUAACGCCAGGUUCCGAUGGUUGCGGCUUUAUGUUGCGGUGAUAGCAGGGCGGGUGCGUUCUCGCGCAGGCAUCAACCAUUAGUCCUCUGCUGAUUUCUUCUCGGCCCUACUGGGUUCUCGUUGUUGUUGUUAUUAUUGCACAGUUGACUAGCCGCUUUACUAAGCGGUAAAUCUCGUUGACGUCGCUGUGAGCCGCUCCUGUGGGGUGUAUGAGCGCGUCGCGUCGGGUGCGCCCCGCCUUCUCCUCCGCCCCGUUCCCAUGGAUCGGAUUACAGCCCCCGUUUGCUGUAAUAAUCACAGCCUAUAGCUACAAUCUCCGGCUUUUACACACACUGCACUAUACCGUGAGAGCAUUUCAAUACGCCGCCAGAUUGUGCGCUCUCUGUCUGUCUUUUUAAAUUUUCUAUACGGCGCUGCGAUUCCUUUUGAAAUCCAUCAGAAGGGUUGAAAAUGCCCAUCACAGAGACGUCUGCUUUGCAUGUCACCAGUCGCGGAGAGUAAAACCAGGAUUAGGGAAAGGGGAGAAGAAGAUCCCUGUUGUGCUCUCCAUCACCCGCUAGUCUCACAGCAGCUCGAAACAAGCCAUUCACUCUUGGAGUGGCUUUAUUAUUAUUAUUAUCAUCAUUUCUGCUUCUGUUUUCUUUUGUGUUGUGUUAUCCUUUUUACAUCUCGCUGGCAUCUUGGUUUUAUAACCGGGGCGUACAACUGGGAAGAAACAAAUCAUUGAAAUAAUUUGAAAGCCACACCGACAGAAGCAGAUUUAAGAGAAGAAGAAGAAGGAAAAAAGAAGCUGGAGUGAAAUCUGUUUUUAAAUAUUUUCUUUUCUUUUUUUUUUUUUGCUCUUCCCUCCCCCAACCAGACUUGGAAAUUUAUUCCCGAAAUUUUUCAUUUUUCCCCACUCAAGGAUCUGAGUAAUUGUGGUGAUCAGUGGAUGUUUUAAUAUGGAGACUGUGGAGAAGGAAUGCGGGGCACUCGGAGGGCUAUUUCAAGCGAUCGUUAAUGAUAUGAAGAGUUCCUACCCCAUCUGGGAAGACUUCAAUGCCAAGGCAACAAAACUACAUUCCCAAUUAAGGACUACAGUUCUGGCUGCCGUGGCGUUCCUGGAUGCCUUUCAGAAAGUGGCAGACAUGGCCACCAACACGAGAGGUGCCACAAGAGACAUUGGCUCGGCACUAACCCGGAUGUGCAUGCGGCAUCGCAGCAUCGAGGCCAAGCUGCGUCACUUCACCAACGCCCUGAUGGAAAGCCUCAUCACUCCUCUUCAGGACCGCAUAGAAGACUGGAAGAAAACUGCCACCCAACUUGACAAGGACCAUGCGAAAGAAUAUAAACGAGCACGUCAUGAGAUCAAGAAGAAAUCUUCAGAUACCUUGAAGCUGCAAAAAAAAGCCAAGAAAGAACUCCUGGGAAAGGGAGAUUUGCAACCCCAGCUGGACAGUGCCCUCCAGGAUGUCAAUGACAUGUACCUGCUGCUGGAGGAAACAGAGAAGCAGGCUGUGCGGAGGGCACUGGUUGAAGAGAGAGCCCGCUUCUGCACUUUCAUCGGAUUCCUGCAACCAGUUGUGAAUGGUGAAAUUGCCAUGCUAGGUGAAAUUACUCACCUACAGGCAAUCAUUGAUGACCUCACUGUGCUGACCGCUGACCCUCACAAACUGCCACCGGCUAGUGAGCAGGUGAUUAAGGACCUGAAAGGCUCUGACUACAGCUGGUCUUACCAGACACCUCCUUCGUCACCUAGCAGCUCAGGAUCCAGAAAAUCCAGCAUGUGCAGCAGUGUAAACAGCACCCACAGUAGUACGUCUCGUUCAUCUGGCGGCUCUCAGACUCACUCACCCAGUUCGUCCUAUCGCUACCGCAGCCUGGCCCAGCCCCCUGCCGGUGGAACUCAGCGGCUGAGCAGCGUGUCUUCACAUGAUUCUGGCUUCAUCUCACAGGAUGCCGCAGUAUAUUCCAAACCUCCUUCCCCAAUGCCGUCUGACAUUACCAGCCAGAAGUCGUCGAGUUCAGCAUCCUCUGAAGCCUCAGAGACGUGUCAGUCGGUCAGCGAGUGCAGCUCCCCGACCUCGUGUGGCUCUUCCUUCGCUACCUUCCGCCCUGUUCUGUCUUUCACUGGCUCCAUCAGGCCUCUCUCUGUCAUUCUUCCUGCGUCCCCAUCCCAUAACCAUCCCCUCGGAACUGACAUUUACACACCUUCAUCCAGGGUUCCUUGCUGGAAGGACUGGUCCAAGCCUGGUCCCUAUGACCAGCCAGUAGUCAACACACUGCAGCGAAAGAAGGAGCCUGUGGACCGUCUACGAGAUCCUGAAACAACUCCUCCCCAGCCUGGAUAUGCUGCAUUACAUCCAGAAGACUCGCAGCGACCCCGAAUGACUCCAGCCACCAUUGCUGCAAAGCAUGGUGAAGAGAUUUCGCCAGCAGCCAGUGAUCUUGCAAUGGUUCUUACACGUGGGCUGAGCAUGGAACACCAGAAAAGCAGUCGCGACUCCUUGCAAUACUCUAGUGGCUACAGCACCCAGACUACAACACCAUCCUGCUCGGAGGAUACUAUUCCAUCUCAAGUGUCAGAUUAUGACUGCUACUCAGUGAAUGGGGAAGUAGAGGGGGACGUUCAAAGUGAGUUUGACAAGUCCUCCACCAUCCCACGCAAUAGCAACAUUGCGCAGAACUACCGACGUAUGAUUCAAACCAAGAGGCCAGCCAGCACUGCCGGCCUGCCCAGUGGAGCAGCAGCACAAGUUGGUCAGCCAGGAGCAGGAGGGGGAGGGGGGACCCCAGGCGUGGCUACCAUCCGCCGCACCCCUUCUACCAAACCUUCAGUGCGGCGUACUUUGUCAAAUGCUGGGCCCAUACCCAUUCGGCCACCAAUAGUGCCUGUGAAAACUCCAACUGUGCCCGAUUCACCAGGCUACACAGGCCCUCCAGCAAGAGUUGGGAGCGAGGAGUGCGUCUUCUACUCAGAUGAUACCUCUCCGAAUGCUCUGGAUUAUGCCAAGGCUUCUCCGAAACGCCUCAGUUUGCCCAAUACAGCCUGGGGUUCUAGUGCUGGUUUGGAAAUGAGUGUGUAUGCACAGCCACCACCACCUCUCCACAUGGCCUCUGAAGAAGACCAGGCACUUGCAGCCAACCGCCACAGCCUAGUAGAGAAGAUUGGUGAGCUGGUGGCCAGUGCUCAAGCUCUUGGGGAUGGCCAGUUUCCUUUCCCAACACUCCCUGGAGAGGAGCACAGUGAAGACCCACUUAUUCCACCUCCCGGGCCAAUCCCAUCGCAAGAACCUGUCCCCGGUGGGGACAUGCUCGUGGCAAUUCGCCGAGGUGUGCGGCUGAGGAAGACACUCACCAAUGACAGGUCUGCCCCGCGGAUUUUGUGAUAAACUGUGGCCAUCACUCAAUUUACACUUCAGACUCUUUAGAGAACAUAAGUAAAUAAAUGAAAAUGAAUAAAUAAAUAAAUGAAAAAAAAGGCUUGGGCCGCUAUCUUUUAGCGUGUAUGGACGCAUGUUUCUCAAGUUCUGAUUAAUCCAACACCAGAUGUUUGGACUUUUUAGCGAAGCACUGAGCUCCUGUGGGACCCUGUUUUAUAUAUCAACCACUCCAAACCACUUCACUGACGCAACCCACCUUCAGCGCAUUUAGCCGGCUGCCAAGGAAUAAAAUGACGGAGGAGGAUGUGAGCUGAUGGACCUGGCUCACUCAAAAGCAUUGCCAUACUUGCCUUGACAACAAAGUUUCUUUCUAGCAUUUUGGACAUCUCAAUCCAAUGACUUCAUUUCAUGGCGGCGCUUUCUCUUUUCCCUUUGUCUCUCUGUCUGUCUCGCUGUGCAUCUGCCUGUCCAGCUGGUUGGUUUAAGAGUGUGGAAUAUAUUUGCCUGUGCUGUUAAUAUAACAUUUGGCUUUACUUAUUUAUUACAUAGCUUUAAUUUAAACACACACCCCAAACGUCAACAAAUUAUGGUAUAAAUUAAUUUAUGUCAUGUUAUCAUAGGUGCAUUACACCAUUUUAAUAGUAAAAUGAAUGCCAUUAACAAAAACAGAAUUUCAAAAAUCAAUUUGUUUGUUUUUUUAGUUGCAGGUAAUUUAAAAUUAUGCACUCUCAGGUUGUUUUUAAUCAUCCUAAAUUUUAAGUGCAAUAAAGUACUCUUCAGACAACAUACAGUAUUGACUGACCACUUACUCACCAUUUAUGGUAAAAACAUAAAAGGUCAAUGCUGCAAUGACAAAGUUCAGCAGAAAAAUGUUAAACACUGCCCAGCUUAAAGAUAAAUUGCUUUGAGUGUUUUGCCAUCUUCCUUGUGUUGUUUCCAACUAUUCAGACUGAAGUCUUUAACUGUCCCUCAAGAGAAAAUGCUUCAUCUUGGAUUGUUAUUCAUCUAGUAACCACUAGGUGGUAGCAUAGUCUUAAAUUGUCGAUGGCUGCCACAGUAACAUGUAGUGCAAAUAAUUUGGAGAAUAUUUUCAAAAAAUCAUAUUGUAUUUUGAGUGUUUUGAGCCCAGCACGUUAUGCACAUUUUUACAUGUUAUACAGAUGUAGGCAUAUUCUUGAAAAAGUAACUUAUGGAACUGAAAUCAGAAGUGACAUGGGAAUGAGACCCAUCCAUUUUCAGCUUCCGUUUGUUCUUGAUAAGGUUUGCAUUGCGAUUGGAAGGGUGAUAUUGUUGUUAUCGCAUGAGGGGGAUAAGAAGAAAACAUUAAAAGGGUGAAGUUUUAAAAGAAGGCUAUGAAAUGUAGAUAGGGAAUAGGGUAAGGUAUGAGAAAGAAAAGGACAUGGACUACAUUUCAUUUGGAAUUGUGAAUAGUCUGGCUGGAAAAAAUAGAAGAGGCUACCUGUCAGUACCACACUUGCAGAAUUCUACUGUAUUUUAUUUGUGACACCAUUUUUUUAAAUUUAACAUUUCCAUUUUUAAUUUUAAGAAAAAUAAUUGGUACUUGGCAAAACAUAGUAAAUUAAAAAAUUCAUAGUCAGGGGGAGCCUCAAUAGUAAAAAUGUCCUCAGAAAUGAAAAAGUUUAAAGAAGAUCUGCUAUUGAACAGUACAGUAUAUUUAAAUUUUAAAUACGGGUUUCACUGGUGGUUAGUCAGUGCCAAAGUAAAUUGCAAAAAUUGAAAUAUUUAUGGGAAAAUAGUGUGAUUAGUUUGGAAAACAAACUUAUAGUUGAGGGAUUUGUUUAAGGAAUGUGUGUCCAGAUAUUCAUACACUUUAAGAGAAGUGACCAGACGUUGGCCCCAGGUUUGAAUAUUCCAGAUUGGUUGUGGUGGUAAAGGUGACUGCGCUUUAUCUAAAUUCCACCCUGACCCAGGUAGCUCAGCUGUCUACUCUUCAGGAAUGGUUGCUGCUAUGAUCUGUAGAAGUGCAAUAUUGUUUUUUGUCAUUUUCAACACAGUUCAAAUCCUAGUAGUUUACUAGACCAAGCAGACAAGACUUUAGUCCUGAGUGUGAGCAGUUACUGUAAGUGCCUUUGUCAGUGUCUGAAGACCAGGAGCUUGAUCAGUAGUUUAUUUGCUUAUCCUUUCCAUAUACAGUAUGAUCGUAAUGAGAUGGUAAUUAUAUUAUUCAGCAUGUCCUGAUGUUAAUAACUUUUUAGGACUGUAUAUUAAAAAUCAAACCAUGACUAGAGUUUCUGGCCAUAUUGGCUUUAAUUAAUGUUUUGGGGUACCAGAAUGAUCUUUGAAAGAAAGCAGAAGGAAGGAAAGAAGCUCAGGGAAAAUGGAAAUGGAGACCAAAAUUACAAGAAAUAUUGUUUUUAUGCACCCCAGCCGAAGUAACUCAAAUAGAGUGAUGCCAAAUUUUUUACUGAAGCACUUUUUAUUCAUUUGUCGUCGAUAAAAAUUAGUUGUUAACUCAUAGAUCAGUGACUGUUUUAGCAGUCUUCUGUCUGCCAGCUGGCACGAGAGGUUGACAGAAGGCAGAAGGUGGAAGAUGUCUAGAAACAGCGACCUUUUUUAGUGAAUAAUUACUGCCCACCCUAAGAGGUGAUGGGUGGGACUCGUCAUCUCGAUUACGUGGUAGAGUACGUGGAAAACCUUGGAAAACUGCAUUUCCAAUUGCCAAAUCAAAAAAAGAAAGACAGCAAACAGCUGCAUAUAAAUCAGGCAUUGUGAGCCAUUCUAAUCAAAUAAGAUGGAUACUUUUUGUUGAUGUGUCCUACAAAAAGUCAUUUUACUAAAGCAAUAGGAAAAUCAUUCAAUACAACAAAUUAUUAUGAGGCAAUAGAUUUUAAAGCUCACACUAAGGUAUGUAUUUAUAUGAUAUGAAAUUUGACUUAGAAAAAUGUAGAAAUUUGUAUGUGUGUAUAUAUGGUUCAUGUAUAUAUGUAAAUAUAAUUUAUGUCCAAUAUGUAUUAUGUACACUGUAAACUAAUCAUAAAAUAAUAUGUGAAGGAGGGAAUAAGUGUGCUGUUUCGAUUUAUCAGUCAGUCCAGUUCUGUUCUAAGAGUUGAGAGAAAUGAAAGUAGAAAUUUGGGGCUCUCCAUGGCAGAUAUUUGUCUUUUAGGGUUGGGUGACAUGCAGUCAAGAGAUUCAAGAGUCUGCAGGGAUUCCGUCUGCCAAGGUCAGUCAAUCUAGAGCAAGUGCUAGAUGGGUUGGGCAUGGGCUAGAACAGCACUGAGGGGCCUGCCCCUGCUAGAGCACCUCCCAGUCGACGUGAACAGGGUUUUCGUUGGCAAUUUGUAAAUCGUAACUGGUAGUGGGUAUUAACCAUUUUGGUUAACCCUCAAGAAUUCAGCAUGACAACAGAGACAUGAAGUGAAACAAACUAGAACCACUUGGAGGCAAGGCCAAAAAAGGCGAAGAGAUUCUAAAGAAGUCCUGCCUGUGUAUGUAAUCAUAUGUAAUACCUCCAUGCAACACAAGGAAAAUGGAAGAAGACCUUUUGCUAUUUGAGUUAUCUUCAUGGCUUGGGUAAAUCAUUGACAGCCGCAUUAAUACUAAAUGUAGACAGAUGGCAUGUAUCCUCUCACACUUUUAUUACUGGUAAACCAUAAUAGAACAGACAAGUCAUUAACUCUGUGCUCUGCUCUAUUCAGAUGCUCACAAUGUUCUUAAAUGGCAGGAUGCAGACGUUAGUAGACAACCUUAGGUGAAUCUGUUCAAAAUGAUGAGGGGGGAAUGCGAACAUUGGGAGUGCUGGAAGACAACCUGUUGUAAAAUUUCUGUGAUGGUGGCACUGGCUGAACCUCCCCCCACCACCAGCUGUUGGCAGAAUCUCAUCAGUAGUUUUAACGUAAAGCACAGGUCAUAACCUUGUAUAUAAAGGAAAUGAACACUAAUUGUAUAAGUCGCAUUGCAGCAGUGUUUGACACUAAUAUUGUCUAGAAAUAAUGGCAAAAGUCAAGUUUGAUGGAGGCUCUCAACAGUGUGUUUUAGCUGAAGUCUGAUCAUUACUACAGUAAGAUAUUUCCAUGUUUAUUUUUCCUCAUUCGAUAUUUGUUAAAGAGGCCAUUUUUGGAGAAACAGUUCAAGGGAACACUGAUGCAGAGGUUCUGUAAUAAAGAAAAAGAUUCAUUUACUAAGUUCUUUUUUUAAUCUGACAUAGUUUGGUUUCUUUCUUUAUUUUGUUUA